CAUCGCGAGAUACACAGGACCUAGAAACCUUGGCCAUGGCUUCGGUACCUCUUACGCCCUUCGCUGCAGGCGCGUCCUUCUCUGCAGCAGACGGGUUGCCUGAGACCGAGAAGAACUCUGGGGAGUCCGAGAACACCUAUAUUCUGAGGCCCAUUUUCCAGCAAAGGUUCAGACCCUCUGUGGUUAAAGACUGCAUCCAUGCUGUGCUCAAGGAAGAACUGGCAAAUGCUGAAUACUCUCCAGAGGAAAUGCCUCAGCUCACAAAACGUUUAUCAGAAAAUAUUAAAGAUAAAUUAAAAGAAAUGGGAUUUGACCGAUAUAAAAUGGUGGUGCAAGUAGUGAUUGGAGAACAAAGAGGUGAAGGAGUAUUUAUGGCUGCUCGCUGUUUCUGGGAUGCCGACACUGACAACUACACUCAUGACAUUUUCAUGAAUGACAGUUUAUUCUGUGUCGUGGCAGCAUUUGGCUGUUUCUACUAUUGAACCUUUGAACGCUGAGAAAAGAUAGGACCGUGAAGAAAUAUGGACUUUUUUAUAUUGUUAAAUAUCUUGACAAAAUAAACAUAAGUUGGCAGUUUGGGCUUAUAACUGAAUCUAUUGAGUUUUAGGGCUUAUAGUUAGUGUUUUGAUUUUUGUAAUAUGACCUAACUACAUUUGGAAAGUAGAGAAAAGUUGGGAAAAAUCCGUAAUUCAAUUGUUCUAUAUAAGCAACUAUAAAUAUUUUUGUAUAUUGUCGUGUUUUUUUAUUUGCAAGGUUUAAAAAAAGUAUAUAUACAACUUUGUAACCUGAUUUUUUACUUCUCAUAAUGUCAUGUGCAGUUCUGUCAUUUUAUUUGCAUUAUGAUUUCAUAAGCAUAAUUUAAUAGUUGCAUUUAUUCCAUUAGGUUAUACUAUUGGUUAUUUUUGCCAUGUCCUUAUUGACAGACUGGUAUUUCUAAUUUUUCACUAUUACAAAUAACACUGAGAUGAA